CACAAUGAAUCAUUGAAUCUCCGAAUUGGUUGUUGCGAGGCUGAUUUUCACAAGCAAAAAAUCCCAAUCUCACCAACUCCGCCGCUGAAUCUACAGCUGCAUUCCCUCACUAAAUCCUCUUCGAUCUAUAUAUUACAAGCCGAUUCGAUUCCAUUUUUUCUGAUUAAUUCCGAUGUCUAAGGUUUUCACUUUAGCUGAGCUUUCUGAGCACACCACCAACAAGGACUGCUGGCUCCUGAUUGGGGGAAAGGUUUAUGAUGUGACGAAAUUCUUGGAUGAUCAUCCAGGAGGCGAUGAAGUUUUGUUGCAGUCGACAGGGAAGGAUGCAACUGAUGAUUUUGAGGAUGUUGGGCACAGCUCGACUGCAAGGGCCAUGUUGGACGAGUACUAUGUGGGCGACAUUGAUUCAUCGACCAUUCCCAGCAAGGCCUCUACCACAUACGCGCCUCCCAAGCAGGCACGGUUGAAUCAGGACAAAUCGUCAGGUUUUCUCAUCAAGCUCCUCCAGAUCUUGGUUCCCCUCCUUAUAUUGGGCGUGGCUGUCGGUGUUCGUUUCUAUACCAAAUCGUCGACCUAAAUUUAGGGUUUUUGGAAACCCAGUGAUCGAUUCUCAAGUUUAUUCUAUAGUUAUGAGGACUUGUUUUUCAUCUUUUGUGGUGUUUGAGGACUUGUUUUGUGUUUCAUUUUCUUGUUCUAAGCUAAAGAACUUCACAUUGUUCUCUUUCUUGCGUAUCUUUCUAUUACAUUAUUAGUUAUUCAUGAA